AUGUUCUGGUCUUCCGCCCUCGUUUUGGGUCUCACGCAUCUCUGUCUUUCGACGCCACUCACAUCCAAGCGUUUGGAUACCGACGAUCUACUGGAAAAGCACUCUUGGGCUGAAGUUCCUCGAGGCUGGGAGUGGGUCAACAAACCCGACCCAGAAAGCAUUAUCCAACUACGCAUCGGUCUCAAGCAAGACAGGGUGGAUGAGUUGAUUUCGUCCUUAUACGAAGUUAGUACACCUAAUCAUAAUCGUUAUGGCAAGCAUCUGUCCAAAGAGGAAGUUGAUGUCCUCGUCGCUCCUCAUCCUGAUUCUGUUGAAGCGGUUGAGUCCUGGCUCCUUCAUCAUGGCGUCGACCCCACCGACGCGACUUUCCGUUCGAGCAGCGGUUCAUGGAUCUCCGUUCUGGUUUCUGUGUCCAAAGCCGAGCAAAUGCUUGGAACGGAAUAUGGUCUAUACCACCAUCCUCAAUCGUCGUCUUAUGUUGUGCGAACUUUGAGCUACUCCCUUCCUCGAGAACUCCAUCAGGCUAUCAGCGUCGUGUCUCCGACAACCUAUUUCGGCACACUUCGUAGCAUGAGGGCUACUAGUUUUGUGGAGGCCGAUAUCAGCGACCAAGUAGCUGACAUUUCUGCAACCGUGCCUAGCAGCUGUGCAUCUAGGAUAACUAUCGCGUGUCUACAAGCGUUGUAUAAUACCUCCGGUUACAUACCUUCUGCCACCGAUAGCAACAGUCUUGGUGUUGUUGGAUACCUCGGCGAAUACGCUAACCGGAAUGAUCUGCAGACAUUCCUUACGAGAUACCGAACUGACGCAGUGGGAACCGCGUUUGAGACGAUUACGGUCAACAAUGGUGAAGAUGACCAAAGUGAGCCCGGUGUCGAGGCCAACUUGGAUAUUCAAUAUACAGUUGGACUGUCGUACCCUACGCCUAACAUCUAUUACAGCACGGGCGGCUCCCCUCCCUUCAAUCCGGACAGCGAAACCAUCACUGACACCAACGAGCCUUAUCUAGAUUGGCUUAACUACAUCCUUGCCAACGAUACAAUCCCGCAGACUUUCACCACAUCGUACGGUGACGACGAACAGACUGUGCCUUACGACUACGCUGUCAGUGUGUGCAAUCUCUUCGCUGAACUCGGCGCCCGUGGAAGUACGGUCUUCUUUUCCAGCGGCGACUCCGGUGUUGGUGGUGGCGACUGUCUUAUGAACGAUGGAACCAAUACAACUCUAUUCCAACCCGCAUUUCCAGCCAGUGUAACUGCUGUAGGUGGCACCACUGGCAACUCGCCCGAAGUUGGUGUCAGCUUUUCUGGCGGAGGAUUCUCACGCUACUUUGGCAUUCCGUCUUAUCAAGCCGACGUUGUCGCUGGAUACGUGUCAUCCCUUGGGAGCGAGUACAGCGGACUGUACAAUACCUCUGGACGUGCAUACCCCGAUUUAGCUGCACAAGGAACCAGCUUUUCAGUCAUUGUCGGCGGCCAGACGUAUUCCGUUGGGGGUACCAGCGCUAGUUCUCCUACCAUGGCCGGUAUCUUCACCCUACUGAAUGACUAUCGUCUUGCCAAUAACCAGUCUUCUCUUGGAUUUAUCAAUCCCCUUAUAUAUGCCAACUCGGGCGGUUUCAACGACAUUACGUCUGGUUCCAAUCCUGGUUGUGAUACUAAUGGCUUUACGGCGGUUACUGGCUGGGAUCCUGUUACUGGCCUGGGAACUCCGGACUUUGUGAAGCUUCAGGCAAUUGUGAGAGCUUGAGAUAGCUGCCUUUCAGGUACAUAGGCGAUUGACGAGAUACUUUGACGAAUUCUUCCACGAAUGACAAAUUGAGGGUAUUUGGAUGCCUAGAGUGCGCGUAUAUAGAGACGAUACCAUAGAGCAAAAUGUUUGCCGACGUGGCAUUCGCAGUCAUGACUUGAUGAAUAAGAUGGUCAGCUGGAGAUCCUUGGACUGCUGAAUAAUAUGGUAUAGGAAACGUCCGAUACGUAACAAUCAAAGUUGAAAUGGCUGUUGUUUCAGCCUAUAGUGGUAGAAAUUGUCACAGUGGACACUUACAUUUUACUACAGAUGACGCCUUUGGCAUGUAGCAUGAAAAAGGCUUGGGAUAUCAUGUGGCGUA